CGUACCUAUCGCUGAAGUCAUACAUGCUUUGAACAAAAGAUAGUGAACAACCUUUAAGAACUCUCGAUAUAAAUGUCGAUACUUAAGUUUUCCAUUCAUUGAAGGCCUAAUAGAUGGAGCUGUGUUGCAACCUCUUUCAGCCGCUCGAUUUAUGAUGUCGGAUACAAAGAAAAAGUCACCGGAAAAAGCUGCGCCAGCAGUUAUUUCGGACAAAAAGGAAGGCAAGAAGAAAUCUAGGAAGCCAAGAAAUUAUGAUCUUGGAAAUGGUGUUUACAGAUUUAGUCGUUCACGCAUGUAUCACAAGAAAGCUAUUUACAAAUUUUUAGAUAAAAAGACACCUAAAAUCAUAAAACUUAAAAAACCAUUGACGGGUGAAAAAGAAAUAGGCGGUGAUAAGAAUGGAGAGAAACGAAUUGUUCUGUUGAAAAAGAGGAGAGCAUAUUAUCCUACAGCAGAUCCUAUUACAAAACGACAUGCCAAGAAGUGCUUCCGUGAACAUCAUCGAUACUUAAGGCCUUCUUUAGUUCCAGGAACUAUUUGCAUUUUGUUAGCUGGAUUACACAAAGGAAAGCGUGUUGUCUUUUUGAAACAGCUGAAAACUGGAUUAUUAUUAGUUACAGGUCCAUUUCUCAUUAAUGGUUGUCCACUGCGUAGAAUAAAUCAGAAUUAUAUCAUAGCGACUUCUACACGCAUUGAUCUUUCUGGAUUUAAAUUGCCAGAACACAUAAACGAUGAAUAUUUCAAAAGGAAACGUGACAAACGUGCAAAGAAAGAAGAGGGUGAUAUUUUUAGUAAAAAGAAGGAAGAAUACAAGCCAAGCAAUCAAAGAAAAGCUGAUCAAAAGGCAGUGGAUAAACAUAUAAUAGAAGCGAUCAAAAUAAAUCAAGACAAGAAAUUAUUGUUCACUUAUAUGUCAGCUAUGUUUGGUUUGCGAAGCAGUCAGUAUCCACACAGAUUAAAAUUCUAAUAUACAGUUACAAUUAACUUGUAUGUGUGACUUUUUGAAUAAAAAUAAAAAAUAACUAUCUUU